UGGCGUAUACAUGUUUGAUUAAAAAAAAGAGAGUUAUUUAUACAUGUUUAGGCUAAGAGAAAAGAUUAUAAAUAAAAUUUGUCAUAAUCUGCAUUUUCCGAAAGUACCCUCCCUUUACCGUAUAUAUAAGAAAAAAGCUGUGGCUUCUCCCUUGGCUGUAUCGUUAACAAUAGACCAACCCGAGAAAAAUUAAAAAAAAAAACACCACCGCCGGUAAAACUUUCCGGCGAUAAAAUCCUCAAGUUUAAAAAGAAGAGACAGAUUGGUCGAUAUCGUUUGGGAUUCUCGAAGAAGAAGAGAGUGCAACGAUCAAUGGUAUUACGCGGUGAGAUGACGACGCCGACGAGGAGGAGAACGGAGCGACCGAAGAGUCUCCAUAAUUUCACGCUCCCGGACUUGAAGUGGGGGAGUCAGCGUCAUCUCAUGUGCUCCAGGAUCGGUUCCGGCGAUCACCGACUCCGACGCCGAUCUCCGCCUUUCAAACUCCCUGCUUCCUCCGUUUCGAUCCCGUCUGAUCGGAGGAGCAUCAACAACCAGCACCGCCGCGCACCGUUCGAAUCUGUGGAGAACGGCGGCGAGGAGGAAGAAGAAGGGAUCGAGGAGUUCAGGGUGAAGAUCAUGUCGGAUCUGAAGACGGUGAGGGAUAAGAUCACGCAAUCGAUGUUUAGGGAACACGCGCUCGAGGACGAAGAAGAAGAGGGGAAGACCGACGAGUCCGGCCGCGAGAAGGUUUCUCCGGCGAAGCCGUGGAAUCUGAGGAAAAGGAGGGCCGCGUGUAAGGAGCCUGUUUCGGAGAGGAUAGUGAAUCCUUCGCCGCCGAGGGUGAAGGAGAGAGGCGGAGUGGUGGAAGCCGAGACGGCGGCGAAGGAGAUGAUGAUGCGGCGGGGCAAGUUCUCCGUGAAGCUGUCGAAGAAGGAGAUCGAGGAGGAUUUCAUGGCGGCUCUUGGGCACCGACCACCGCGCCGGCCAAAGAAGCGGCCGAGGACCGUUCAGAAGAAGCUCGACAGCUUGCAUCCUGGGUUUUAUCUGAGUGAAGUGACGCUUGAUGCCUAUAAGGUCCCUGAAGAAACCAAGAAUAUACAGCGAUGAUGAUGUAAAAGAUUAUGUAAUUCAGUUGCCGUGAAGUUUCAAAGAGUUGUCAAUCUUUUGAAAUUGGGUCAAGUCUUGAAGCUCCCUUCCCUGUCCUGUUCUGCUAAUUUCUCGUUUUGUUAAUGAUUUUUUUUCUUCCCAACUUGUUCUGAAUAAACUGUACAAAAAGCUUUGGAGAAUGUGUAGGUUCCGGUUGAUUAAAUAUAUAAUACAGUUUCAUUUCACAAAA